UUUUUUAAUUUUAUUUUUGGCGUUUUGUUUAUAAGCGUUAAUUUGAAUAUUUUCUCUUUUAAAAAUCGAUGAGGAGACGUGUUUUGUGUUUUUUUGUAUUUGUUGAGUAAUUUUUAAUUUCUGGUUUCUGAAUGUUGUGUUUUCCGGAAAAGUUUAGUGUUUUUAAUUCGUGUUUCUUUUAUAUUUUUAAAAACCAGAAUUUAUUUGUAUUUUAUUUUUAAAUGUAUUUUCUUAAAAUCAGAAUUAAUGUAUUUUUUGUAUUUUCUAUUUAUUUUGUAUUCUUAUCAGAAUUUAUCUAUUCUGGUUUAUUUAAAUAAUUUGUGUUUUGUGUUUUCUUUUGUAUUUUUAAAAACCAGAAUUUAUUUGUAUUUUUUAAGUGUUUUAUUUUUAAAUGUAUUUUUUUAAAAUCAGAAUUUAUGUGUUUUUUUUUUUUGUAUUUUCUAUCAGAAUUAAUGUAUUUUUCUGUUGUAUUUUCUAUCAGAAUUUAUGUAUUUUUCUUUUCUAUUUUCUAUCAGAAUUUUUGUAUUUGUUUUUUGUAUUUUCUAUCAGAAUUUUUGUAUUUUUUGUAUUUUCUAUCAGAAUUUAUGUGUUUUUUUUUGUAUUUUUUAUCAGAAUUAAUGUAUUUUUCUUUUGUAUUUUUAAUAAAUUAAAAUUUGUGUUUUUUUUAAUUUUUCAGAAUAUUUCAGAAUUAAAUUAAAAAAUAUGUUCCACAAUAUUGCCCCAAUCGCUAUGCCUUCAUUGCCAACUUCCAAAGACAAAUAUGAACAACAAAAUAAAAUCGAAAGUGCCAUUCUUUCUUCAAUAAAUGAAAUUGUCCAAACAACAAAAAAUUCUUUGGAUCAAAAAAUAAUUUUAAAUAUGUCAAAUUCUGAUAUUUUAAGUCUUGUGAAAUCUUUGGAUGGAUUUUUUGCUCACGGUUUAAUUAAAAUGGAUAAAUGUUAUUGGUCUUUUGUUAGAGAAUUAAUUCCGAGUGAGGAAAGAAUUGAUUUGAAACAAAAAUGGAAUUGUUCUAAUAGAAGAGAAUUGUCGUUAGCGUGGCUGAAGGAUUCGUUGAAUAGGUUGGAAUUUAAAUUAUAAUUUUUUAAAAAUUUUUUUUGUUGCUUUUUAAUGUUAGCAUAGUAUAGCUAGGGUGUUUGGGAUUUAAAUCUAACAAUAAGCUCGGACCUAGGCAUUUUUGAGUUUCCUAGAUUUUGCCUUGACUAACCUUCCUGGGCGCACGGGCGUAUCUAGGGGGCUGGGGGCCCAAAACCGACCCUCUGGAUACGCCCUUGCUGGGCCGGAUCCUGGACUAGAUUUUGGGAAGAGGACCAUGAUUUGGCCAAGGAUCCGGCCAGCUCAAUUUAUUCGAAUUUUCAAGC